AAAAUUCUUUUAAAUUAUUGAAAAUAUUUCACGUCUUCCGAAAUCUCGUUUAUAUUGAACAACAAAAGAAGCCCUGAAAAGCCAAAAUAAAACUAAAAUUUAAUGUCUAAAUGAGAGCAAACAUACAAUUUUAAAAUAGUUAAUAUCAAAUUUAGAACAAAAGUUCAAAUGUUGAAACAUUUCAGCGCAAUAUUCCAUUUUCAUUUACGACCAACCGAAGUAUUUUAAAAAUUACUACAGGGCUCGAAAACCGCAGUUCCGCCACUGAUUCAGGUGCGUAAACACAAGUUACGUUUGUGUGGGGAAAUCGAUACCUGAUUUCAUUGUCACAAAUAUUCAUUCCAACUUCUAAUUAGCAAUGAAAUCAUUUAUAAUUUUAUGCAGCACUUAUCUCUUUGAUAUAAAUAAAAUUGCAAUCAAAUCAAUCCCUUGUUUCGAAAUUCGAAACAAAAUCUUUGACAUCCAACCUCAGCAUUUUUAAAUGAACUGACGUCCCUGAAGAUUAAUCUUCUAUACAGGGUUGAGCAAUUUCGUUCAAAGCAAAGUUUAAAAAUUAAAUAUACUAGUUUACAUAUACAUAUUAUAAGCAGAAAAUCUUACAAAAUUUAUUUUGUUUAUUAAAAUGUAUGUAAAUAUCGUGUAUUUUAUAGAAAAAAAGGUUUAAAAAGAUCCUGAGAAAUGUUGUUUCGUACCCAACGCUGUUUAAAAAAGUAACUAAGUCAGUGACAUUUGUGACUCAGUGUGGAACGCAGUGUAUAAUGUUACACAUUUUUAAAAUUCCAUAAUGUCUUAGUUAUUAAGAUGUACUGAGUAAAAUUGAAAAAAUAUAUUGUAAAUUAAUAUUGCAUUUUCAAGUCUAUUCAAGAUCUUUUUUCUUUUUCUAAAAUCAAAUAUGAAAUACAGCUAACAACGCAGCUGCAUUUUUGUGCAUCGUCGCUUGUUCAAAAUAAAUCCCCGUCACACUCCUCGGCAGUUUGACAGAUUUGAUUAGAAAAGGUACUUACCUGACUUCACCCUGUGGAGGCUGGAAAAUCGCAUGGAACAAUUUUAUUGCAAAAAGAAUCACAUCUAAGGAACAAAUAUGGGACAAUUGGGAUAUGUGAAUAAAAAUUUGGCAAAGAUGGAUAAGCCAAGCAUAGAAAUAUUAAACGAUGAUUGUCUAUUACUUAUAUUUGAAUACUUGCCUUUAAAAGACAAGUUGAAAAUUGAAGCAGUGUGCAAAAGAUGGCAACGUCUUAGUUCGUCAAUAUGGUGGAAUUACAAAAUUCUUGUCUCAAAUCAUGUAGUCGGAGAUUAUCCUUCAGGAAUGAGUCAAUCAAUCGAUUACAACACUUUCAAGCAGAUAUCGAAAAAUUGUGCUCGACAUUUAACAACUGUUGACUUGAGUGUUAUAAUACCUCAUGAUCGUGAUCGUUUAUUAAGCAUAUCAGACCUGCGUUCCAUUUUUGAACAGUGUCCCAACAUACAAGCUCUGUAUAUAAUACAGUGUUUUGAAGAUAUUCAACUGAAGGGCCUCAGAGUAAUCGAUUAUCUGAAACCAUUUUGGAAGCAGUUGACGAAGUUUGGCUAUUUUUAUAGUUACAAUGUAAUCCCCAAUGAAGAUCUAUUCGAAAUACUGACAGAGAUGACAAAACUGAAACAUUUUUAUAUUGAUACUGCCUUCGACGAGAAAUUUUUGAAAUAUCUAUCAAAAGAUAUUGAAGAACUUAUUAUGGAAAAUGGCGGGAGGAUUUGUUUUAAAACCGUUUGUGAGGCGCUCAAGAAUACUAAAUUACACACACUUUGUUCAAGUGGAUUAGUAAUGGAAGAUAAAAUAAACUUACCUGAAAAUUGCCACAUAAGAAAUUUAGCUUUGACUAUGACACACAUGUCCGAUAAUCCAAAUUGGGCAGCAUCAAUUUCACAAUUCGUAGAUAUUGAACAACUGAACGUUGAAAUGAAUGACAAUAUUGACGAUGCAUUUCUAAAUGCGGUUGCUGACAACUGCAAAAAAAUUACCUUCCUGAAUUUUAGUGGUUGCAGUCGUGUGACCGAUUCUGGGACUACAAAUUUAAAAACAUUGCCAAAACUUCGACACUUAUCAAUAGGAGGGUUGGUAAACGUUACAGGUAAAAAUUUGGGAAGACUCCCUGAAUUAGAAGUGUUAGAUUGCAGUAAAUCUGAAAAUAUAACAGACGAUUCUUUAUAUGAAAUAGUUUGGAAUUCAUCACGGCUCAGAUUUCUCAUUCUAAAUAAUUGCAAAUUAAUAACCAAUAACUUGAUCAAGAUUGCUAUCAAAGCUACUCUUAGACGUGAUAACGGGUUAAUUUUAAACAUGGAUAUACUUUCCACUAAAAUAAACUUAAAAAAGGUGGGAAGAAAGUCACCUUUGCUCAAAGUAUAUAGGCAUAUUAGCUACUUGCUUGAAUGUGGUAGUAAUUAUAACCCCUAUUUUCCUACUAUUUAUGACUUUUAUGUGGAUAGACAUAUCGACCCAAACUACUCGCGCAUAAUAGUCAAUUGAUAUCAACACAAAAAAAA